CAUGUCAGAUAUCCCGGAGGAUAUUAGAAGGCAAAUUUAUUUCGAUGCCAGAUUCACAGUUCAAAAUGAGAUUGAAAACUAUUUGGACAAUCCGAUUGGGAGGAAUUGGAAGUAUCUUGCAUGUGAAAUUGGUCUUGAAUCCCGGGAAAUUGAGAAUAUUGAAGCACGGCCAAGUCCUGCAAAACAGGUUUUGAUUAGGUAUAAGCAAAUGCAGCCACGAGCCACGCUUCAAGAUUUCAUCAAUAUUGCUGUAAAAAUGCAGAGAAUGGACAUUGUACGUUUGAUUGAGGAAGCAGCAAAAGAUGGUGAAUUGUAUCAGUGGCAGAGACAAGAUAGGCCCAGGAAUGGCGAGGAAUGCUCCUAUACCAGCUCUAGUCAAAGAACUACCACACCUGGGACAUGGGAUUGUCCUAAUAUGUCACGUCGAACACGUGGACAACCCGGAAAAACAUUGCCUUCUAAGAUUUGUAGUUGUGCUGCACCGAUGAGCCCAUCUGAAACUUGCAAUCAAAAACAGGGCUACUGCAAUGCAAGUCGGUGGCAGAACACUUCUCGUCAAAAUCCUCUAACAGUAGAACAAAUAGAACUUCAACAUGUAUCACAUUACCAGCAGCGGCCAGCUGUUACAGAUGGGCCACACACGCUUGUGAGUGUCGAUAUCACACAAGGCUCGUCUCCCAAUACAUGUUGGGUCAGGCAAAAUGACUAUAAUAACAAUGUCCCUGAGACCAGAGAGUCUCGCUCACCGUCUGUUGGAUCAUCCGAAUCAAUGCCCGAUGAAACCCAAAUGUGCCAUUACAAAAAUUCUGUUCCCAAAGAAUUGCCACGAAGUCAGUCUGUUCCCGGUGUCCAUGAUGAACCUGUAAUGCAAGGGGCAGCAUGUAACAUGCUGCCUGGGAGGACUUGGCCCAGAGGACAGGGACCAAACAGAGCAAAGAUACAAGAAAGACCUACUGUACUAACUAACUCUCAAGAUUGUCCAAAAAGCUGGCCUCAACAGACAGCUUCAAGACGUCAAAUUGAGCCACACAGGGAGCCGCCACCAUCUUCUUAUAAACCACCUAAAAACGCAUUCGUCCAAGCUUCACCAUCGCAACCCAAAAUAACUGUCUUCUUGACAUAUGCUACUGAUGAACUGAGAAAGAAAACUGGUGUCACAAACUUAUUGGACAACCUCAACAAGAAUCACUUCAAGUGCACCUUAGAUAUGAAGAACAAGUACUUCAAGAGUAUUUGUGAAGACAGGGUUGGAUGGCUGACCAAACAGUUCAAAAAGAGUGAUUACAUCUUGGUGUGCUGUAGUCCAUGUUACACAUCUGAAGCUGAAGAUACUAAUACUGGUGUACAUAGUUACAACGAUCAUAGUUUGAACACCAGGUACAUAGCGUCUCUCAUGAUGACAGAACACAGAGAAAGGCGCUCUAAAUAUGCACGUUUUAUUCCCGUUGUCAUGCCUGGAGCAACUGAUAUGCAUGUCCCCAUAUGGAUGCGUAAUACUCUCAUCUACCACUGGCCAAUUGACUGGUCUGAACUGUUUCGUCGUAUGUCACACAUUGAUAGUCGUCCACGUCAAUCGACUCCCCGCAAUGCACCGCAGAUUUUGCAACACUCGUAG